CCUUUCAAAUUUUCAUGUCAUCCCCCACCUUUCCCCAUCCCAUAUCCCCCAAUUUCCAACACAAAUUUACCCACUGCUUACCAAGGGAUGACGAUAUUUGCUAGGUAGGAGGAUAACAUCCUGAUAAUUUAUUACGCCAUGACGACAUCAUAAGAGUGGGGUUAAGGCAUCUUGAGACCGCAUCUCAGAAUGAUGACAUUUUCAAAGUACGGUCAGACAUAAAAAAGAAACUUACCAAAAAAACUGGCUAUGUGGCCCUUACUCAGGCAAAUUACUGUUGUGUAUGGCUACAGAAGGAGGAUUGUUUUUAAAUCCGCACGUCCAGCCAAUUGUGUUUUCAAGAUGGCUUCACAGCACGCAUUGAUAACUUAUUUCAAGAUGCCAUUAUCCUACUUUUAGGAUUCAGCAGUAUAUUAAACAAGACUGUCCUCAUCGCGUUAAAAGUCUAGAUUUCAACAACUCAGAUGACACUUCCAGAACUCUGUAGUUACCUUUCCAAAACGGCUCCAUGCACACCAUUUUCAUUGUUAGCAUUAUAAAGCUGAUUCGCUUGAUAUCGCAUCCUCACAGAUAUAUCACGCAGUAUCCACAACAGCUAGGUACUUAGUUUUGAUCGGAGUAUCAUUUAGUUGACGGCGAGAUGACUCCACCGUUAUCCCGUUUACUGGUGAUUGCUGCCGUUUUGACGGCUCUUAUGUCUACUUCCGGAGUUUUUCCAUCUGAUCAUCAAUGGACCAAGAUUCUCACGCUGCCUGUCCUUGCGAAAUUUGGCCUACUGUCCGGUUUGAUGUACCUGGCGGGUGUGGUCCACAGUGCCAUUUUCGGCCAAUUCUGUUUCUAUGGAAAUGAAGGGCGAGAUUCGUACCUCAUCCGGAAGGCGCCCGGUGGUAUGACGAGGGAAACCGCCAUAACGGAGCUGAAACGAUCACGGAAGAUAGGUGACAUUCCGCCCGUCUACCCAAAUGGCUGGUUUGCUGUACUGAGGUCUGAUGAAGUCAAGAAAAUGGAAACGAAAUACGUGCAUGCACUAGGCUUACAUCUCGCUGUGUUUCGAGGGGAGAGUGGUCGGGUAUACGUGGUAGAUGCAUACUGCCCACACCUUGGCGCCAACCUAGCAGUUGGCGGGAAGGUGGCGGGAGAGUGUAUCGAGUGUCCUUUCCAUGGUUGGACCUACCGGGGGGAUGACGGCAAAUGCGUCAAGAUUGCCUACGCAGAUAAAGUGCCUGACUUUGUGAACGUGGACACGUACCAGUCGAUGGAGAUAGUGGGCUUGAUUUGUGUAUGGUACCACGCCGAGAAUGAAGAGCCUUCGUGGUAUCCGCCCAUGGAUAUGCAACUUCAGGCCAGCGGCCUGGGCAAAGUGGGAUUCUUCGAAGCUUACGUCGAAUGCCAUGUCGAGGUAAACAGCCGAUUACAAAUAUACGACAAGCACUACGAGGGCACGUUUUACGUGCACUCAACGAAGAAACACGUCGGCUGCAAUAGGGUCGCCUUCACCGACACGCGAACCAAGCGUGCUUUCUGGAGGUAUAUCAGUCCCUGCAAGGCAGUAAAAAGGGAGAGCUACCAGGAACAGCUACAAGCUGACUUCGUCAUCUGGGCCAAUAAGAGAUACCAAGCCAGGCCGGUGUUCAUUAAGGAGGACAGCCCUAUCGCAGCACAUCGCAAAUGGUUCUCUCAAUUCUACACAGAGCACAGUCCAAGAUUCAAUCCUCCUAAUCCACUGCAGUGGUAAACAUCUCAGAAAGUUUAAUUCU